AGCCCCUCAGUUGCGCCGCGCCUGCAGGGGAGGCUCGGUGGGGAGCGGGGAGCGGGGCCCGGCCCAGGCCGCCGGGGACCCCCUGCCCCCCCGGGAGCCGCCGCCAGCCCUCGGGGCCCCCUCGGCGUCCCCUCCUUCCAUGGGCUUUCCCCUCGGCCCGCCGCCUGCCCCGAUGCGGACCGCCGCCGCCUUCCCACCAUGAACUUGCUCGCCGGGAUCUGGGGGCCGCUCCCCCUGCUCCUGCUCUGGGCCACGCCGCGGGUCGCCUCCUCAUGGUGGUACAUGGGGGCCGUGGGCUCGUCGCGGGUGAUGUGCGACAACGUGCCGGGGCUGGUGAGCCGGCAGCGGCAGCUGUGCCGCCGGCACCCCGAGGCCAUGCUCUCCAUCGGCCGCGGCGUGGCCGCCUGGACGGCCGAGUGCCAGCACCAGUUCCGCCGGCACCGCUGGGACUGCAGCGCCCUGGAGCGGGGGCAGCGCCUGCUCGGCCGCGUCCUGCUGCGCAGCAGUCGGGAAUCUGCUUUUGUCCACGCCAUCUCCUCCGCUGGGGUAGUUUUUGCUAUCACAAGGGCAUGUAGCCAAGGAGAGCUGAAAUCCUGCUCCUGCGAUCCCAAGAAGAAAGGCUCUGCGAAGGACAGCAAGGGCCAUUUCGACUGGGGCGGCUGCAGCGAUAACAUUGACUACGGCGUUAAAUUCGCCAGGGCCUUCGUUGAUGCCAAGGAGAGGAAAGGCAAGGACGCAAGAGCGCUGAUGAACCUGCACAACAACAGGGCUGGAAGGAAGGCCGUGAAGCGUUUUUUGAAACAGGAGUGCAAAUGUCACGGUGUGAGUGGAUCAUGCACUCUAAGGACCUGUUGGCUGGCCAUGGCAGACUUUAGGAAAACAGGAGAUUAUCUGUGGAAGAAAUACAAUGGAGCGAUUCAGGUGGUCAUGAAUCAAGAUGGCACGGGUUUCACUGUGGCUAAUAAGAGAUUUAAGAAGCCAACUAAGAAUGACCUGGUAUACUUUGAAAGCUCUCCAGACUACUGUAUCAGGGACAGGGAUGUAGGCUCUCCAGGGACGGCCGGCCGGGUUUGCAACCAGACGUCCCGCGGCAUGGACAGCUGCGAGGUGAUGUGCUGCGGCCGAGGCUACGACACCUCGCGCGUCAGCAGGAUGACGAAAUGCGAGUGCAAGUUCCACUGGUGCUGCGCCGUGCGCUGCCAGGACUGCCUGGAGGUGGUGGAUGUCCACACCUGCAAGGCGCCCAAGAGCGCCGGCUGGACGUCCCGGACAUGACGUUUGGGUACUGCCGCCCUGCCUGGUCCACGCAGGGAAUGCUUCCGAGGCCUCUGCUGGAUUUACGCCGGUUUUGCGUUUGCCUUUCGUUACACAGAAGCUGCUCAAUGACUCUUACAAACUCUGCAGUGUUCACUUCAUGUGAUCUCCACGUGACCGCGUUGUUGCACGGUUUAUGUAUCAACCACUGCCACGCUGGAAGGAGCUGCUGUCCCAACCAACACGCAACUCUGAGCUCCUUGUGGCAAGCCCUUCCUGCAGCCAGACGCACGACGAGACAUCAAGAUGAGCCAUUUCAUACUGGAUGCCAAAAUAUGGGGGCUGCGGGUUGCUAUGGCCUCCUGAGGGCCUGGUGCUGCUCACAGCCAUGCCCUGGGUGCUUGGCCUACUGGGCUGAGGCCUGGGCCCUGAGCAAGGACUCCUCCGUGGAAAACUUUGUGGCCAGGGUGGUCUGGGGGCUUUACCAGAGGUGAAUUUGCUCACCCAUCUGCUGUGGGGUGGCGCGUGCGCUGCGGGGGCCCUUACAGCUCUGGGCUGUGAGGUGCGCUGGGCAGAGACUGGCCUGUAGGGAAAGGCAAAGAGCAGCGGGAAGCGUUCAACUGCAAUCUCAUCUGCUAGUAAGGAGCCAAAGCGAAUGUCUUAGGUAUAUAUUUGUGAAAACUUGCCUUAAGGACUUAUAAAAGGUUAUUCAUACUAACCACUGAUGUUUGUUGUUUGUUUUUUGUUGUUUUUUUUUUUGAUCUGAAGGAUCGAAGAAAAGUAAUUCCAGCCCAAUGACAGCUGGAGACAGGACACUAAACUACCUAAGGAUAAGAUUUCCUAUUUUUCAUUUACUGAAUUUUACUGAAACAUUUGCAGAAAUAUGAUGGAGAAAGCAAUACCUUGUCUUAAUAACAAUUGGGUUUCAUUCUAAAGAAUCUAUCGACUCCUAUGUUCUUUGAAAUUUAAUAAACCUAAUGUAAGUGUGCUCA